UNGGGAUAUCGAAAUUCUUUAAACCCUUAUUUUGGCGCGACUGUUGGUCGAGUAGCGAAUCGAGUUGGUUACGCUCGAUUUUUUAUCGGCGAUCAACAAUAUCAAAUAUCGGCGAAUUAUAAUAAUACUCAUCAACUUCAUGGUGGGUUUAAAGGUUUUGAUAAAGUCGUUUGGGAAUCUUUUAAAAACGGGGAUGAAGUUGUGAUGAGUUAUGAUUCGAAGGAUUUAGAAGAAGGUUAUCCCGGAAACGUUUUAGUUAAUGUUACAUAUUGUUUAACGGAUGAUAACGAUUUUAUCAUCGAUUUUAAAGCGACCACCACAAAACCGACGUUUAUCAAUUUAACAAAUCAUUCGUAUUUUAAUUUAGCUGGACACGAUAAAGGUGCUGUUGAAUUAUACAAACACGUUAUUAAUAUAAACGCUGAUAAAACAACCGAUGUUGAUCAAGAUUCUAUUCCUACCGGAAAACUUUUAAAUGUUGCUGGAACGAUUUUUGACCUACAAAUUCCUAAGAUAUUAGGAGACGUUAUUCAUAAAAUUCCUGGAUAUAGCGGUUACGACCAUAAUUUUUGCAUCAAUAAAGGUGUUAAACAAGAAGAAGGAUUUAUUGCUAGGGUUUGUCAUCCACCGAGCGGGAGGACACUCGAAAUUUAUGGUAAGCAACCUCGUGUUCAAUUUUAUACUUCCAAUUUUUUACCUGGUCAAUCAAAACCGGGUGAUGUUAUAACAGGAAAGGGGUCUGCGAAUUAUUACAAACACGGAGCUCUCUGCUUAGAAACUCAAAAUUACCCAGACGCCGCUAAUCACAACAACUUUCCAAAGUCGAUUUAUAACCCAGGGGAAACAUAUCAUCACAGAAUCGUAUACAAAUUCUACAUAACAACAUAAAAAUAUUGUUAUUGCUAAAAUAUUGUUUAUUAUUGUAAAGAAGGGAUACGUAAUAAACUUAUUAUAUCAUAUU